CGUGAAACAGCAGAACUCACUUAAGGUUAAAUGUAUGAACUAUGGCGAACUGUGCACCAGUUUCACUUCACCUGUAGCUCUGGAAGAUUUAAAAAAGAACACUGGGAGCUGACUUUUAAGUAGAGGACCUUUUUCUGUCAGCGGCCCGCUGCAGUCACAAGCUGUUUGGAGGUUUGUGGUCGUUCGAGCGCUCUGACGGCGUUUGUGUUUGCAGCUGCAGCCUGGCUGUGAUAGCGGGUCAGCGUGUGAGACUCUAAGCCUGCCUGAGUGUGCCAUGUGUGGACCUGCGCUGCUCCUGUGUCUGCUGCUCUCUAUCGGAGGGACGCACGGUAAAGUCACAGCUCCUGCCAAUCUAAAAGCAGAGGCCGGCCGUCCCCUCCUGCUCGCCUGUAACAUCACAACGACGUCCAGAGACACCGUCCAUCAGGUCCGCUGGCUCAACAAGCACGACGAUGUCCUACUGGCUUACGAGCAAAGCGUGCCGCUACGGAUCAGCCAUCAGGACCCCAACGUGCAGCUCACCACCUCCAACAACGACGCCUCCUACAUCACCAUCAAGAGGGUGCGGCCUGACGACGAGGGCUGCUACCGCUGCAUCUUUGAUGUUUUCCCCUCAGGCUAUCAGGAAGCGCAGACGUGUGUCAGCGUCACGGGUAAAGUGCGCCAGGAGGGCAACAAGACGGCUGUGAGCGGGAAGUCCACCACCCUCUCCUGCUGGUACAGCCUCCCCGAGAGGGUGCACCAGGUGCUGUGGAGGAAGACGGCCGAGCAGGGCGACACCACAACCGUCGCCUCCCACGCCAGACACAGCCACCACAGCGUGGACGCGCAGUUUGCGGGUCGGGUCGACUUGAGCCGAACUCUCGGCGACACCCAGCUGACCAUCCAGCAGGUGAGGACGGAGGACGAGGCGUGCUACACCUGCGAGUUCCACGCGUAUCCGGAUGGCACCAAGAGCGCCACCACCUGUCUCUCAGUUUACGUUUUACCCAAACCAGAGGUGAGCCAUGUCGCCUCGUCCUCGGGAUUCACUGAAGCAAACUGCACGGCUCAAUCCCGGCCAGCGGCAGACAUCACGUGGGACGUCGGCGGGGAAAACAAAACCCUCGGACCGCCCGUCUCCUCUUCCUACGACCAGGGCGACGGCACGACGAUAGUGACCAGCACGCUGUUGUUCCAGUCGGGACUGCUCAGUGAACACUCCGUCAAGUGCAUCGUGCACCACCCGGGUCUGGAGAAACCCCUGACAGCUUUUGUGAACACAAACAUGGGUCCAGCUAUGGUCAUCCUCCUCUCGGUGUGCGGUGUGGCGGCCAUCCUCCUCCUCUGUCUGUGUGUGUGUCUCUGCAAGUGCUUCAUCUGCACUGACGACUGAUUUUUGGAGUCCGGCAUCCCUUCUGCUUUGAUGAAGGACCAGCCGAGCUCGGAGCCUGACCUCGCUGCUCAGCACCGUGCCGUCCAGCUCAGCGUGCAGCGGAAGCCAACAGAGCUUUCACAGAGCCGAGCCGACAUGGCCGGGUUCUGCUUCCAAGAACUGUGACGGCACUGCGUGUACAUACACAGACUCCUCCUGUCAUUUAACACUGAGUGAACAGAACUACAGCUAGAAUCUUUAAUUCUGCACAUUAGUUUUCUUUUAUUAUUGAUAUCUCUGAAUAUGUUGUUAUUCACAUGGCGGCAAUUUUCAUAUUCUUUCCCUCACUGACCUCAAGCUCAGAUCAUGAGGUAAACAGAUGUUGGUGUAAUCCCUGGAUGCGUCUGCAGAGGGCGCUAAACGGCUCGUCCUGCAAAUUACAUGAUAGUUCCCCGAUAUUAAACCCAAGAACUAUACGAGACGCCUUCAAUCCUCUUACAUAAGCUCACUUCUCCCAGCACUGGAGAAGAGUUUUUUGAGCUUCCAAUCGUGUAAAGCUGCUCUAUAGGUCAGACUGACCAAUUGAAAAUUAGGAUAUUUGUGAAUAAAUGGCCGCCAUGUUAAUAAAGAAUAUACUGGUUAAGUGACUUUCCUGCAGUGAGUGUGAGUGUGUGUGAGUGUUCAAGGCAAGGUCUAAAUGAUAUUUAAUUUAGGCUGAUUUAUCUAUCGUGAGUCAUUUUUUUAGUUUGAAGGUUUCUGACUGUGCCGGGUAGCAUUUUAGGAAAUAAACCUUUUUAUAUGACAUUAACACGUAUAGUUGAAAUUUAAAUAAAGUCAUAGACGUAAUAGUUUAAAAAAAAAAACAACCCUAACUCAAAUCUAGUUAGACUUGAUCAGAUCAGAUUUAAUUAGAAAAUGUAGCUCAAUCCUGAUUGGUCCAGUGACAUAUCUGACAUCACUCGUGCAGAUUAGAUAAAACUAAAACUUAAAAACUUCAGAGACAGCGAAGGUUGUGGUCGUGUUUGUUCCCGUCACUCCGAGUGAAGAGGUGAGGAGACGUAGGACUCAGGCCUUUAAGGUCACAUCAGCUGACCGUUGCUGUGGCGACCGAUACGGCCGCCGCAGAAGGUUACGUCACUUAAAAACCCUCCUUUUGUAGUUUUAAAAAGCAGAUAAUUACAGGGGUGCACAGUACGUCCAAGUUACAGUAAAUGUAAAAAAAAAAAAAAAAAAGGAGGAGGCUGAAAUCUGACUUUUUGUGAAGCAGCCCUGUUUGACUCAGACUGAAAGAAUGAAAGGUUUCUUAUUUAUAGCUGCUGUGUGGAAGGGUGGUCAACCUGUAACCUCUGUUACGGGUGGUCAACGCCGCCCAAACUGUUCGUGUGUGUGUGUGUGUGUGUGUGUGUGUGUGUGUGUGUCGUGUCCAUACGUGUGGCUGCUUUUGUUGCCAUUAUUGUUGUACAGUAUUUCUAAAUCAAACUGAAGGGGACACCAGUGUUACAUUUGAGCUUUUCUUUUUAAUAUAUUGAUCUAGGCCUGUGGGCUUUUUGUACAGAAAACACUCUCAGAUGAUCUGUUAUUCUAUUAACAAUUAUCUGUAUAUGAAGACUUCUACAAGGCUAAAAUGUUAUUAAAUGCCUUCAUUAAAGUUCUAAAUUGU